UUCUUCGUUAUUGAUAUAUCGAGCAAACCAUCUAAACCAUCUUGGAAUAAACUUGCGGACUCUCAAAUGCUGGUAGCCCAUCAAGUUCCACAAGAAAGAACUAUAAAUGCUAUAGUCGAUUCAACUGGGAGCAUUUAUGUUUUCGGUAAAUUUAUUCAAAAAUCAUCCCCUCAGCCACAAACAACAACCUCUCAGACACAACUCUCUAAUAUACGCUCUGGAGAAGUCGAAGAAACAUUCUCAGAGAAAAAUGUAUCCGUGAAAACCCACGAGAAAUCCAUACCGAUACAGUCAAAACAAACCUUUAAAUCAAAAGCACUCCAGCAACGAGCAUCCUCUUCGCAACAACCAAUCAGUGAAAUGCUCAAAUAUAAUAUAAAUACGAAAAACUGGACAACCGUUAACAUAAAAGUUAAUGACCAAUCCAAAUUACCAGCUUCUGGUUUUACUGCGACCUAUUUAGAAAGGUUCAAUUCCAUAAUCUACAUAGGCGGUAAAUCUUCAGAUGGAAACUUUAUACCAAUGAAUCAGAUUUGGAUAUACAAUAUUUCAGAUGGAACAUUAACACCAAAAAAUACUGACGAAACCAUCAUAGUUGGCCGAUAUGGACAUUCAGCAUGCUUAGUGGAAAAUAAGAUCAUCGUUUACGGCGGACUUUCAACACCACCUUUGGAUUCUAGUAAUGCUUUGGUAAUUCUGGAGAUAAAUGACGGCAAUUACAAUUGGAAAACACCAAAUGUUACAUCGAAUAAACCUAUCGCUAUUCCUUAUUAUCAUACUGCAACAAUUAUCAACAAUGAUACUUAUAUGAUCGUUGCAUUCG